UGCAUUACGGGCUACGGACCGAAGCCACUGCCGUGCUCUCCAAAGCUUCCAAGCCAUUGAGGGGACCGUAAACUAAACUGGCAAUAUUUUGUCAAAGAUUGCCCGUUUGCACGCUAUGGUGACCAGAUCUUGCUCGCACCCUCCGUUACUAUUAUUAUAUUACUUCAUCCAAGAUUACAUAUUCCUGCAGCUCCAAAACUCCAAUAAAUUCUCCCUCAAGCCACCGCCAACUCCCUUCCAUCUCCGCUCUCUUUCUUUCCUACCCUUGCUCUGGUUAAUAUCCGAUCUCAGAAUAGCAAAGAGGAUAAGAAAUGGGAUGGGUUAAAGUAGCACUUGUUUUGGUGGCACUCCAAGCCCCCACCUUUUUGUUGCCACAGAGAGCAGCUGCAGGAGACUUUCUUGCUCCUUUCCUAUCCCCUGUUCUCAAUGCCACCUGUGCUAAUGUGGAUUGUGGGAAGGGGACCUGCAACGCAUCAUUCGACCAUACCUUUGGGUUCGUCUGCGAGUGCAAACCGGGCUGGUCUCAGUUCCACAUUGGUGACAGUUUCCGCUUCUCUCCCUGCGUCAUCCCCAACUGUAGCAUCAAUUACUCUUGCUACAACCAUUCUGAAGCUCCAGCACCCUCACCGCCAACUCCCUCAAAUUCCUCCAUGUUUGACCCAUGCUUCGGGUCCUAUUGUGGAGGUGGCACGUGUGUAAAGACAUCAAGUUUCGACCACAGAUGUGAAUGCAAGGAGGGUUUCAGCAACCUUCUCAACGAAACCAGAUUCCCAUGUUAUAGAGACUGUUCCCUUGGGGCAGAUUGUGCAAAUUUAGGGAUCACAUUGCCGAAUGCUACCACCCCAUCAUCUCCACCUAGUCUAUCCACCCCAUCAUCUCCACCUAGUCUAUCCGACAAUGGCAGUUCAUUUGCUGGAGAUUCCUUUGCUCCAAACAACUUGCUAUGGCUGUUGGUAUUGAUGAUUUCUUUCAGCAUGGUUCGAGCAACAUAGAUAAGAGUUUAGAGCAUCAGAGAUGAGAUUCUUACGCUGAUACAUAGAUAGUAUACAUGUGAUGUUCAUCUGCAGAUGAGAUUUACACCUUUUCGCUGUUUAUUUUAUUUACUUAUUUAAGAUUUUUUGUAAAUAACAGCUACAAUAAACCAUACUUCGUCGAAUUUGGAUGCUUUCUGUUUCCUUGAUCCAAAUUCUCAGAUAGGAACAAUAAUCUGUAUUGGAUAUCUAUAGUUAAUAGAAUAUGGAGAAUGCGUUGUAGCCUUUUAGUUGA